AUGCUUCAGUCCCGCGAUGGUAGCGAGGGGACUCCUGGUCUGAUCACGGUCGAGCGGAGUAUAACGCCCAAAAAAAACUCCCCUCUUGCGGCUGUUUACAGUCGGCAGGAUAACGGCAAGGGUGGUCGGGAGAUUGCAAUAUCCUACCUCAGCGAUAAGAACGCCAUUGUAACCGUGAUGUGCAAUCACCGGGACAGCAAGUACUUCGACUGGACCACGACAUCCACGGGAUCUGAGUCGUCUUCCGGCCUUGCCAUGGCCAGAACUAACACCACGCUUCGCCGAUUCUUCCUCGACACGGACUGUUUUGUGGUGCAGGAGGUUGGUGGCGAAGUCAGCCGCCUAGGACCCAUCGCAAUGCCGAAGUCCCCGGUGGCAGCAACAGUUCCUCUGGGGACCAGUGAUAUCCACGUUUUCUUCCUGUCCGCGGAUAAGGCCCUGAGUUCUAUCACGUUCAAUGGUAAAGUAUGGAUUGAAGAAAUGCCUGCUAUUGACGGCUUUGCCUCGGGGCCUGACAUCAACUUCGCUGUAGCAGCCUGGUCCGACCCCUCCAUUAUCCGAGUCUUCUAUAUCGAUGAGCACAAGGUCCCCGGUGAGUGGACCUUUGAAAACGGCGCCUGGGCAAAUACAACUAGAAGUCUGGCUCAGCCACUUGUUAACGGAAUCAAGGCUGGUUCCGCAGUUGCCGCCUCCCGCAGCGCCGACGGCACCGGGAGGUACUUGGAGUACUUCUACGCCACUGACGGCGGGCAUAUCAACUACCUGUCCAGAACCUUUGCCAGCGGGGACCCGUUUCAACUGGAGUUUGCCAGCUUCGAGACACAGAAGGGCAAGGGGCUUAGCGUGCAUUCAAUUAUCGGGACUACUUCAGGCAUUGUUUCUGGAGCUUUGGCUUUCAUUGCGUACAGGAAGGCACCGCAGCAGAGAGCGCCAUGCCUGUGGUACAAGGCAAUCCCGAUUAUUGAAGCUGCUUUCGCCAUUGAAAGGCACAAGGAGCCCCAGAUUGGCUUCUUCGUUCGGAUCGAGGCCUUGUGCGUCGAGGUGGGCGACUGGACUGGGCUGGAGCCCCAUCUCUCGACCGAUCCGCUGCACGUAUCUGACCCAGCCGGCAAGAUGGUUCAGUCCGCCAUUCUCGGUUUCCCCCGCAUGGGUGAGCUCCGUGACCUGAAGAAGGCCACCGAGGCUUCCGAAGACUGGGGCGGAAAGAUCUCCAAGUCUGACCUUCUCACCGAGGCCAAGCGCUUGCGUCUGGCGCACUGGAAGAUCCAGCAGGCUGCUGGUGUCGACAGCAUCCCCAGCGGCGACUUUGCCCUCUACGACCACGUCCUCAACCACAUCCAGGACUUUGGCGCGGUUCCUCCUCGCUACACCAAGGAUGGCCUCGACACCGUCGACCAGUACUUUGCCAUGGGCCGUGGCCACCAGAAGGACGGCAUUGACGUUCCUUCGCUGGAAAUGGUCAAGUGGUUCGACUCGAACUACCACUACGUCAAGCCUACCUUCCAGGACAACCAGACCUUCAGCCUUGCCGAGACCCCCAAGGUUGUCUCCGAUUUCCUUGAGGCUAAGGAGGCCGGUAUCAAGACCCGCCCUGUCAUUGUUGGUCCUGUGACCUUCCUCCACCUCGGCAAGGCCGACCGUGAGCAGUCUGUCGACCCCAUUGACCUUCUCGAGAAGCUUCUGCCCGUCUACGAGCAGCUCCUCGCCAAGCUCAAGGAGGCUGGCGCCGAAACCGUCCAGAUUGACGAGCCCGUCCUUGUCUUUGACUUGCCCGCCAAGAGCAAGAACGCCUUCAAGCCUGCCUACGAGAAGUUCGCCAGCCUGGGUGCCAAGAUCCCCAACCUGGUGCUGACCACCUACUUUGGCGAUAUCGUCCACAACCUUGAGGCCCUGCCCAAGGAUAUCUACGGUGUCCACGUCGACCUCGUCCGCAACCCUGAGCAGCUUGACACCGUUGUCGGUGCUCUUGGCCCCAAGACCGUCCUCUCUGCUGGUGUUGUCGACGGCCGCAACAUCUGGAAGACCAACUUCAAGCGCGCCAUUGAGACAGUCGAGGCUGCCAUCCAAAAGCUUGGCAAGGACCGCGUGAUCGCCGCCACCUCUAGCUCGCUCCUCCACACUCCUCACACACUCGCCAGCGAGAAGAAGCUCGACCCCGAGAUUGCCGAUUGGUUCUCCUUCGCCUCGGAGAAGGCUGUUGAGAUCGCCAUCAUUGCCAAGGCUGUCACCGAGGGCCCUGCUGCCGUCCGCGAGCAGCUUGAGGCCAACGCCAAGUCCAUGCAGGCCCGUGCUACCUCCAGCCGCACCAACGACCCCAAGGUCAAGGAGCGCCAGUCCAAGAUCACCGAGCAGGACUACAAGCGCAAGAACGAGUUCCCUGCCCGUAUCGAGCAGCAGCAGAAGAAGCUCAACCUCCCUCUUUUCCCCACCACCACCAUUGGUUCUUUCCCCCAGACCAAGGAGAUCCGCGGCUACCGCAACAAGCUCACUAAGGGUGAGAUCACUGCGGAGCAGUACGACAAGUACAUCGAGAAGGAGAUCCAGGACAACGUCAAGAUCCAGGAAGAGCUUGGCCUCGAUGUCUUCGUCCACGGCGAGCCCGAGCGUAACGACAUGGUUCAGUUCUUCGGUGAGCGCCUUGACGGUUAUGCCUUCACCACCCACGCCUGGGUUCAGAGCUACGGUUCCCGCUGCGUCCGUCCCCCAAUCAUUGUUGGUGACAUCUCGCGUCCCGCUCCCAUGACCGUAAAGGAGUCCAAGUACGCUGUGUCAGUCUCCAGCAAGCCCAUGAAGGGUAUGCUGACUGGUCCUGUCACCUGUUUGCGCUGGUCUUUCCCCCGUGACGACGUUCACCAGUCCGUCCAGGCCGAGCAGCUCGGUCUCGCUCUCCGCGACGAGGUUAUUGACCUCGAGAAGGCUGGCAUCGACGUCAUCCAGAUUGACGAGCCUGCUCUCCGUGAGGGUCUCCCUCUCCGCUCCGGUGAGGAGCGAACCAAGUACCUCGACUGGGCUGUCAAGGCUUUCCGUCUCAGUGCCUCGGGUGUUGAGGAUGCCACCCAGAUCCACUCCCACUUCUGCUACUCGGAGUUCCAGGACUUCUUCUACGCUAUUGCUGCCCUCGAUGCCGAUGUUCUGUCAAUCGAGAACUCCAAGUCCGACGCCAAGCUCCUCAAGGUCUUCGUCGACGAGGCUUACCCCCGCCACAUUGGCCCCGGUGUCUACGACAUCCACUCGCCCCGUGUCCCCAGCGAGCAGGAGAUCAAGGACCGCAUCGCUGAGAUGCUUCAGCACCUCAAGCCUGAGCAGCUCUGGAUCGACCCUGACUGCGGCCUGAAGACCCGCCAGUGGAAGGAGACGAAGGAGGCCUUGAUCAACAUGGUCAACGCUGCCAAGGCCUUCCGUGCCCAAUACGCCAAAUAA